AUGAUUCGUCAUCUUAACCAACAAAAAGCCCCUCCGAAAGUAUCUGAACGCGAUAUAUUUUGCGUGGAAAUUGCUGAUUUUAUUGAUGGAUAUCGAAAAACAGAUAAUAAAUGGAAACAUGAAGAUGCAGAAAAUCGAAAAACAGAUAAAAGAUGGAAACUUGAAGAUGCAUCAUGUGAAAUGUUGGAUCAUCUUCUUAAAGAGAACCCACAUGUUAAAGAAAAACUUGAGCCCGAUGAAAUUGCUUUCCUAAAAGAUCUUAUCAUUGAUUUUAUUGAUGAAUAUCGAAAAACAGAUAAUAAAUGGAAACAUGAAGAUGCAGAAAAUCUAAAAACAGAUAAUAAAUGGAAACAUGAAGAUGCAUCAUGUGAAAUGUUGGAUCAUCUUCUUAAAGAGAACCCACAUGUUAAAGAAAAACUUGAGCCCGAUGAAAUUGCUUUCAUAAAAGAUCUUAUCAUUGGUAAAUCAGGAAAUUCCGCGAAACCACAAUUUCUUUACCAAAUUAUCAACAAUUCUUCCUAUAACAUCGACGUUGAUAAAUGGGAUAAUCUAGCGAGAGAUUCCCAUUUUCUUGGUAUUGGAAAGUCAUUUGAUCACGAAAGAAUGAUAAAAAUGUCCAAAGUAAUAGGUGAUCAAACAUGCUACGGAGACAAAACUCUUGAUAAUUUCUUUGAUAUGUUUUAA